CAAUGGCACCAAUACGACGGUACCUACGUAUCACACGCUACUCGGUGCUCGAAGUGCGCAUCUAUCUCGACAACCCCGCCCUCGCCAACUCGUGGCUCCUCAAUUCACGCGAUCCUGCACUACCACGAGUCAUUGAAGCCGUACGACCACUCGUGCUACCCAAACUGCGCGAAGAGAACGAGAAUGCAAAGAAGAAAGGCGGAAAGAAGAAGAAGGGUGUGAGGGACGUGGUUGCGCAAGAUGACUUUGAAGUCUCAAUCUUCUUGACCGAGACAUCGACCUCUCACGCCAUGCUCACAAAGCAAAAGACGUUUACACAAAAACCUCGCCUCGAAAGCAAUACCUCGAAAUUGACGAAUUAUUUCGGAAGCAAUACUGAGAAUGCUAUUCAUGUUCACGAUGAUGAAGAAGCUCCUGCUGUUUUGCUUGAAGAAGAUGCCGACGAGAUCAAAUUGGGAGAUGUUCCCGAAGUCACAGCUGGCAACNNACGAACAAACGCUCUCGCAACGAUGACGAUGACGAACAUAUCUUUGUGCAAAGCGAAGAAGAUGAGGAAGAGGAAGUACCACAGCNNCGAGAAAGAAGAAGAGCAAAGUCAAGGAUACUGCACAAGAAGAGGA